CAGUUUUUCUUCAACCGUCGUCGCGAUCGGACUUACCCAACGAUCACCAGUCAACUGCCCUGUGGCAUCGCGCCGCAUCUUAAGUCGGUUUCGUUCAGCAACAGCCUCGACAGUUGAUCGCGUAACAUCAUAACAACAGCGGCUAGCAUCGAACGUCCCCGAAACGUGCAAAAUAGUUUAAUAUUAAUGUACAUAUCGCUGAUUCCUGAAAUUUAAAUUUGCCAGUUUUUUCGUCACCCUGAGAAGUGCCCUCGCGGUAGUGAGCGCGCGCAAUCGAAAGUAAACCAUCGCGUAUUUGCUUUACCAACAAACCGUGAAGUGCAGUGAUUUGAGCGUUUUGCCACGACCGGGUGGUGACACUUUGUAGUUCAAACAAAAGUGAAAGACUGCGGAGAAGACCGGCUUUCUGCGGUUUGUGUGCUGUGGCCCCAAUCACGGCGACGCGACCAACCUAGCCGAGGCAGUGUAUUACUUAAUCGAGUUUGUGUGAUUAAGGAGUGGCGACCGACUAUGACUGGACGGGUUUGACUUCCUAGGGUGCUGCUGCCGUUGCCGAUGCUGCGUAGUGGUUUUGAGAACGACGACGACGACGGUGUUUGCAUUACAGUCGAGUGGCCAGCUCGUUUACCCUACACAAGUGUACCCGGAGAGGAGUAGGAAAUCGAGUUGAGACUCAUUUCCUUAAAAAUUAAACAAGUGCAAUUCGACACUACCGCGGGCAUAAUUGCCGGACGCGUACCCUGAUCCAAGAUGCAGCUUCCUGGCGUGGCAUCAAUGGUGUCAUGCGCCCCGGCGGUCGCAAUUGGACUGAUUUGCCUCACCCUGCUUGUGGAACCAAUUCAAGCACAAAAUCAGCAAGACACCAGCAAUGUGUUCAACACCAGUUCCUGCCUGGAGAAACCGUACCGCUGCCCACACCCGCGGAUCAAGUUCUACCUCUACACCAAGCGCACCCAGCAGAACCCGGAGCUAAUUGACGUUUUGGAUCGGGAGUCGCUUUACAACACCCACUGGAACCCCAAGCAUCCGGUGAAAAUCGUUAUCCAUGGGUUCGGCGGUGGGCGCAAUCUUUCACCCAGUCCCGACAUGCGGAAGGCGUACUUCAUCCGGGGCAACUACAACAUCAUCAUCGUGGAUUACGGCUCGGCCGUGACGGAACCGUGCCUUAGUCAAAUCGAGUGGGCACCUCGCUUCGGAAGUCUUUGCGUAUCCCAGCUGGUCAAAUAUUUGGCCAAGCAUCCGCGUGGAGUUCCCCCGGACAGUAUGCAUCUGAUUGGGUACAGCGUGGGAGCGCAUAUUGCCGGAUUGGUGGCGAAUUAUCUCACGCCGGAGGAGGGCAAGCUUGGAAGGAUAACUGGGCUGGAUCCUACGAUUUUCUUCUAUGCUGGCACGAACAAUUCGCGGGACUUAGAUACGAGUGAUGCGCAUUUUGUGGACAUUAUUCACACCGGAGCUGGAAUUCUGGGACAAUGGAGCGCAAGUGGUCAUGCGGAUUUUUAUGUUAAUGGAGGCACUAGUCAGCCGGGGUGUGCGAGCAGCACUAUAUUUCAAACGCUCGCUUGUGACCACACCAAGGUAACGCCAUACUUCAUCGAAUCGAUCAACAGCGAACGCGGUUUCUGGGCAGGGCCUUGCUCCACACUGGUGUCCUAUCUGUUGGGCUGGUGCGAACCCAAGGACUCCGAUUACGUUCUGAUGGGGGAACACCUUUCCCAUAGAGCCCGAGGGGUGUUCUACGUUACGACCAACGCGAAACCACCAUACGCCAGAGGUUUCCCCGGGAAGAACCGCCGGACGGCCAAGAACAGCGAAUACAGUGGCGUCCGCCGGAAGUGAAACCGACAGCCAUCCGUCCAGUCAUCGAAAGCAAAAUGGUUGUGAUACAAGUUACGUUAUUACCUAGCAAACAUAGAACAAAGGGUAUCCAAACGCCGAAAUCAGUGACAUAAACCGUAUUUGUAAAUGUAGUGUUUAGUGAUUAACGUAUGUAGGACUAACAUUGGGGAAAGUUCAAAUGCGCAGUGGAUUAACACUUACUUAGUUCGUAAGCAAACAGUAGCUAUGUAGGAGAACGACAAUUUAUUUAUGCACCUUCGGUUAGAUGCAAGCGACAGCCGUAGUGGAAAUAGGAUCAAAGCAAAUCAAUUAAGUACGCUAAAACUAGUAACUCGCCAAAUAGACUUUAGAUUUCAGGAGAAACUGGAACGCGGAGUGUCGCGCAAAAACAAGUGUUACCUGUUCUGAGGAAUGCCACCUGGUAGGAAUGAAACUCUAGUGAUCAAAAUUAUGAGUGCUCAAUAGAAUGGACGUGAAAAUAAAAAUGUUUAUUUUUUUACCGUAGAACGAUUAAUAAAGAAAAACGCUUUUGAUUCUCAACAGUUUAAUAUAUACGUAUCUUUAUUGGUUGUCUCAUAGCUUAAAUGAUUCAAUAUAGUUGCUGUUCGUCUUCGAUUGCUGUAGUAGCCUAUAAUGUUGUACCGCACUUCUUCCCUCGCGAUUCGCAAACUCAGCACGGAGUCUUGAAUUUAUUACCUUUUGAUUUUUUUUAUUUCAUUACAUUUAUCUUACAGCCUACAUCCGGAUCCAAACACGAUGAAGAAGAAACUUAUUUUGUUCACAUUUUUUUUUGUUAUUACAUACGAUCAAUGCCAUAUCAGGAUAAUGGUUUUAUUUGAUUUGCUUUAUACAUGGGAGACUAGCGUAAUCCAACUUUCAACUUAUUUAAUUUUAUAUUUCAUACAAUAUCCUAUUAGUAGAUGCUAUCGGUGUAAACAAUUAAUCUAACAAUGAUGAUUUGUAAUGUUUUUCUUUAUAUUCUUGUUUGUCAGUUGCCUGAAUUCUGAUUUAUCUCUGCUCCACUCAAGAGUCAAGAGCUUUAAUAUCAGAGAGGAGUUUUCAUGUAUUUCUCGUUUAUGAGUUUUUGAUAAAUAUUUUUAAAUACAACAACAGUUGAUAUAACGAAACUUAAACAGUUGGAAAACUGGUCUGACUGUUCAACGAUUAUUCCACCGCAUGUCAACAGUCAGUCUUGUAUAGGUGUAUAUAUUUACUUUUUCGAUUUUUGGGAAGGAUGUGCUACUAGAAAGGGAGGAUGGAACUUGUGCAAGAGAAAUUGCCAUCCUUUAGUGAAGUUUUUUGGGCUAUUUGAACUUAUUUGUUACACAAUGUACAGAAAAAAUAACCCUAUCAUUAUGAGCUACGCUGUAAGUUUUUAUUCGUUCGUAUUCGAUACACGAUCAACACAUGUUAGAGACAUAGUCAAAACAAACCUUAUUUUGAAAUAACAAUUACAAACAAUAUUAAAUUUAGUUAAAUGAUAACUGUAAUACCCGUUAUAGAAUAUUCAACUUACUUCAUUAAGUGAUGUUAUGUGAACAGAAAAUUUAUAAUACGCUUUAUUUUUGUCAUGUAAAGUCUUUAUAUUACUACUUCACAUCCUCUGCAUAAUUGUGAAUCAUUGAACUUACAACGAUACAAAAUAUUUACAGCAAUGCGCUCCAAUUUUAAAUAUUUGUCCCUAUUCAGUUCAUUAAAUGCACAAUUCUUCUCAUUAACAUUACCUACAAGUAUAUUAUUUUGGUAUUCUGUUGCAGGCGUACAAGUUUACAUUACUCUUUAUUCCGCUAUUAUAUUACAAAGUAUCGUCUGCAUUAUUACUUACGAACUAGGGUUUUAUUGUAUUUGUCACAUUCGCAACUUGUUUGGGUUUGCUUCAGUUUACUUACAUGCUAAAAAUAAUAUCGAUUAUUUUCAUAACGAUUGAAACUCAACAAUAAUUGGAAUAAUUAACGUAUUAAUUCCAGGCAAAUCAUAGUGUCACCAAAUACUUAGUUUUCUGCUACAUUAUUGGUAUCUUACGAACUAGGGUUUUGUUAUUGUCAACACAGCCUUUGAGAGUGAGUACACCUCAAAUUGGUUUAUCCGUUCUUAACGUAAUUUUAUUGAGAACAUAUUUAUUUCAACCUCAAACACUCAUCCAAUUCACAGUCAAUCCAGUCAUUCAUAAACAAAACAGAAUAUUUUUAAUCGUCUCUUCAUAAAAUUGCGUAAACCAAGUUAAAAAAGUACCAGAAGAAUCAGAUUCGAGAACACUCCCUUCAUAAUAAAUUACCAUGUCAACUCAUAGGGUAUCUGUUUCAUUAUUAACAACAUCCUUCUAUAUCAAAAAUAUUUGCCAAACAGGUAAUUUAGGAUCAAUUUGUGUCGUGUUUUGUUGUUAUCCGGCGUGCUCAACGCUGAUAAA